AUGGAAGACAGAGACGACUAUAAAUUUCUGAAAAUAAAAGACGCCAUUUCUGCAAUCAACCAGAAAGUCAAUCUAAUAGGCGUCGUUCUCGAGUUCGGUUUACCCAAAUCAACCAGAGGAACCGAUUAUUUUUGUACAGUGAAAAUAGUUGAUGAAUCCUAUCCGAAACCUGGAAUUCCGGUCAAUGUUUUCAUGGCAAGUGUGGAAAAUCUUCCUAGUGUUGGGUCACCUGGAGAUAUAAUUCAACUUUCUCGUGUCGUGAUGAAACCUCACAAUGAUGGUGUCUAUGCUCUUUUCAAUAAAAAAUUUUCUUCUUUUGCUUUAUAUGAAGGAAAAAGUGGUGAAGACUUCGUACCUUAUCAAUGUUCUUCAAUAUUUCGCCGAAGAGACCAUGACUCGAAGUUUAUAGCAGGCCUGAGAAAAUGGUUGGUUGACUUUCAGGUCGAUGAAGGAGUAAAUACUUUCUCCUUCUUGAGAGAGAUCAGGGAAGGACAGCGUGCUAAUUUGGUUUGCAAGAUACUUCAUGUUUGUGAGAUUGCCAAGGACAAUUGGAUGGCUCUUGUUUGGGACGGAACUGAUUCUCCACCAAUCAGCAUUAAUACAAGUCCAGAACACAAAAUGGAUGAUCAACUUCCUUUACAGUUGGAACCCUCACCUUUGCCGAGAGAUUUAUUAUGUACGUUUCCUACUGUUGGAACGAUAUUACGGGUAAUCAUUGACAACGCCAAUCAGAAGUAUGCUCUCCACCUGCUCAGUGUGGGUAAAUGGGUGAAGUUCAUCAGCAUACUCUGUGAAGUGCGUGCAGUACUCUGGUGUGGUGUUUUGACACCUUUCACAAAGCUUAGAUAUUUAUCAAAUGAGGAUCAUUCCGUGUUGGCAUGCCAGAGGUCAUAUGAUGAGCGCUUGUCAUUGAAAUUAGGGCGCAUCCCAUAUUGGUGCUUUCCAUGGUGUUCACGAAUUACAGAGGUUGACUAUGACCACAUGCCGUUUGUUACAUUAAUGGAUGUUCUCACCUAUUCAGAGGCAACUGCUAGAUUCAAGUGCAUAAUUAGAGUAGUGGCUGCAUUUCCAUGGCGUGCUGAGGAUUUCUCUCAUCAUGGGACGUACAGAAUUAGACUAACCAUAGAGGAUCCAACUGCCAGAAUCCAUGCUUUUGUCUAUGCUGAAGAUGGGGAGAAAUUUUUUGAUGGUCAUCCCUCCAUCGAUGUAUUGACAAGCAAGCGCAACAAAUUGCUUGGAGUGGCUGCAAAUAAUGAUGGCAAGGGAGCCAUUCAUGCUUCCAGAAAUCCACCAUGGGUGCAGUGUUGCCUGAAAUCUUACUUCCUCGACAAAAAUGAUAUCUGGGGAAGUAGGCAUUAUAGAAUUUUUGGUACCAAGCUUGUGGAUUAA